AUGUUAAAUGUAAUUUCAUUGUCAACAGAUUAUGCCAUCGUUGAUGAUUAUUUACCAAGCAACAUGUCCUUGGAUAAUAAAAGCAUAGCAAUUAAUAUUUCUAGUGUGGCUGACGAUUUGCCACCGUAUGAUGACUUAUUCCAUAAGCCAUUAACACUUGUCAUCUUCUCCCUCCUUUACAUUUUGACAUUCUUGUUGGGACUUUUUGGCAAUUUCCUUGUAUGCUUUGUUGUCGCACGUCAACGCACCAUGCAAACGGUGACAAAUUUCUUCAUAACAAAUUUAGCAUUUGCUGAUAUUUUAUUGUGUCUAUUUUGUGUGACACUCACGCCAGCUUACACAAUGAUUGGACAAUGGAUAUUUGGAAAGUUUUUAUGUCAUCUUGUUGCAUUCCUGCAAUGUUGGUGCGUCUAUCUAUCAACAUUAACUCUCACGAGUAUCGCAAUUGAUCGAUUUUUUGUCAUCAUCUUUCCAUUUCGUCCACGCAUGAAGGUGUGCACAUGCCUAUCAAUUCUACUGCUAAUCUGGAUUAUAGCAUUUCUAUUGACAUUUCCAUAUGGAUAUUAUAUGCAAAUUGUUGAAAAGGAAGAGGAUGGAAUUGAAGUGACAUGGUGCGAAGAGGCAUGGCCGACGGAGGACAUUCGAAAAGUUUUCGGAACUGUCACGUCAAUAUUACAAUUUUUUCUGCCUUUUCUCAUCAUUCUCGUGUGCUAUAUCUCGAUAUUUUGCAAAUUGCAGAACAACAAGAAGAAAAUAUCGAAGAGUAAAAAUUCAAAAAAGAAAAAUAAUUGCGAAAAGGUGCUGAAAAAGAAAACGUCAACGAAUCAAAUGCUGGUGCUGAUGGUGACAAUUUUCGGAUUCUGUUGGCUCCCGCUCAAUCUCAUCAACAUACUCGAUGACUUUACAGUGAAUAUGAAUGAAUUUCCAUAUUAUAAUCUGUUGUUCUUCAUAUCACAUCUUGUCGCGAUGUCGUCUGUCAUUUAUAAUCCAAUUCUUUAUGGACUGCUGAAUGACAACUUCAAGAAGGAAUUUAAGCAAAUUCUGCCUUUUUUGUUCGUGAAAAUUUCAACGCAUCGCGAUUUAAAGCAUCCAAAAAACUUCCUAAAUUCAUUCAAUCGUCGUAAGGACGACGAGAAUCUGAUUCGUAAUGGUGAGAAGACGCUUCAGGAAACGACAUUUUUACAGCCCAACAAUGAUAAUGUGAUGAUUAGUAUUGAGACAGACAUGAAUAAUGUUGAUACAGGAAAUCACAAAAACGAGAAUGAGAAUGGUAAUAUAACACAAAAUGGAAAUUCACAAAAACGAAAAACUGAUAAUAAUCUGAUGAUCAUUAAGGGGUGUGAUGAGAUUGCGACAUCAUUUGGUGAACAAUCGGGUUCGGAUAGGACAACGUCAUCGCGUACAGCUGACACGUCAAUUAGUUAAAUGUACAGUUAUAAAUAAUUAUCUCCAUGGAGAAAUCAGAGAUGAGUG